CCGUGGGCAAUGGUGGCCUCUAUGGACAAGGACGCUAUGGUGGAGUUGGCUCUGGACUCGAAAGAGGCAGAGGUCGAGGUGGGCUCUAUGGCGGAUUCGAGAAUGGAGCAUAUGAGAGAGGUGGUUAUGUUGAAGUGGAUCAUAGCAGAAUUCGAAACGGUCUAACUCAUGGUCAUGGAAUUGGACCAGUAUGGGAUCCAAAUGAACGAAUGAGUCCAGAUCAUAAAACUUUGUAUCAAGAACUGGAGGAUGAAAGUGAUACUAAGGAUGUCCUUUCUUUAUCCUGCGCUUGGAUUUGUAACAGAGAUCAAUUUCUCUGCAUGAACUCUUGUACCUGCAUCAGUCUCGAUGCUCGUUGCGAUGGCCAGACGGACUGCGAUGGCUCUGAGGAUGAGAUUGAUUGCGAGGAAAUUCUUGAAGCGAGAAAUUCCAAUGGGACUUGCUACGGUGAGAGAAGUGUUCUUUGUCCGGAAACCGGAAGAUGCAUUUCUAAGCAUUGGCUCUGUGAUGGGGAUAAUGACUGCGGAGACUAUUCCGACGAAUCUCAUUGUGGAACUCACAUGAAUUGUACUGAAGAUCAAUUCGAGUGCAGAAAUGGACUAUGUGUUCAACAAACUUGGCGCUGUGAUGGUGACAAUGACUGCAAGGAUUUUUCCGACGAGGAUAAUUGUAGCGGAAAAAGGAAGUGUAAUGAUAAUGAAUUUUCCUGUAUGGAUGGAACUUGUAUUUUAAACAACUACAGAUGUGAUGGAGAAAGCGAUUGUGCUGAUGGAUCAGAUGAAGUUAAAUGCGGUAAGAUAAACAUCUACAAGAGUCGAAAUAAAAAUUGUUGCCAAAAAAUGUAUAAAAUAUUAUCAAAUCCAGAGAUAAUUGAUGUACACUGCAAGGAAAAUGAGUUCAAGUGUACCUAUCCAAGGUGUAUAUCUCGUGAAUAUAGAUGUGAUGGGGAUGAUGACUGUGGCGAUCGAAGUGAUGAGGAUAAUUGUGAAACUCUCGUUGGAGCGAGUUGCAAUGCUAAUGAGUUCAGGUGUAACAGUGGGAAAUGUAUAAGUAGAACAUGGGUCUGUGAUAAGGAACCCGACUGUCAAGGGAAAGAAGACGAAGACAUGUGUGAACAUCAAACCCCAAAGGAAUGUUCCCAUGAAGAAUUUACGUGCUCUACAGGCUCAUGUGUCCCUCGUCUUUGGGUUUGUGAUGGAGUACCAGACUGCUCUAAUGGAGAAGAUGAACAGGGUUGCGCAAUUACUUGCGAUGCUACUCAAUAUCUUUGUAAAAACACCCAACAAGGAAAUGAAUCAGUUGUACAUCCAAUGAUGCAUCAUUAUAAUCGGGAUUGCAUCAGUGUUAAACACGUUUGUGAUGGGGUUCCAGAUUGUCCGGAAAAAGAUGAUGAGAUUAAUUGCCCUCAUAAACGGAAUUGUACUAAAGAAGACAAGUGUACCCAGAAGUGUAUCUUGACUGCUGAUAACAAAAAAGCCUGUGCUUGUGACCAAGGAUUUAUUCUUGGAAUAGAUAACAUGACCUGCAACGAUAUCAAUGAGUGUGCAUUUGAUAAGGAUCCAGUCUGCAGCCAGAUUUGCAACAAUACGAUAGGUUCCUUCGUCUGCAGCUGUAUGCCCGGUUAUGUCCUCAGACCAGAUUUGAGAACCUGUAAAGCGUUGGGCGCCAAUCCCACUUUGCUUUUUGCAAACCGGGUUGACAUCCGACAGGUGAGCAUGACCAGCCCAAAAUACACAUCUGUGCUGAAAGGUCUUCACAAUGCCAUAGCUUUGGACUUCCAUUAUAAAAGAAGCAGCAUCUAUUGGUCAGACGUUUCGAUGGAUGUUAUCCGAAAGGUUUUUGUGAAUGGAACUGGAGCUGAAGAUGUUAUACGCUGGGGUCUACAAACACCAGGAGGUGUUGCAAUCGACUGGAUUCAUGAUUUGCUCUUCUGGACUGAUUCUGGAACCAGAAGAGUUGAAGUUAGUACGCUUGAUACCAAAGUUAGACACGUCUUAAUAUCAAGUGACAUUGACAAACCAAGAGCAAUAGCUGUACAUCCUAACUUUGGAUAUGUCUACUGGACAGACUGGGGACCACAUCCAAAAAUCGAAAGAGCCAACAUGGAUGGCUCCGACCGAAGAGAAAUGGUCACAGAGUCGAUAUUCUGGCCAAAUGGUUUGACGAUCGACUACACAACGGAUCGCAUCUUUUGGACAGAUGCAAAACACCAUAUGAUUGAAUCAGCCCGUCUAGAUGGUUCAGAUAGAAAAAAGAUGAUCAGCAAAGGUUUGCCUCAUCCUUUUGCGAUCACGGUUUUUGAGGAUUCCCUCUACUGGACAGACUGGCAUCUCAAAAGCAUCUCUUCAGCUAACAAAGCAAGUGGAAAGGGUUUUAAAACUAUCCACUCUGGUCUGCAUUUCCCGAUGGAUCUUCAUAGCUACCAUCCACAACGUCAGCCAGACUAUGUCAAUCAUUGUGGAAAUGACAACGGCAAGUGUUCUCAUAUGUGUCUUCCUAAUAACACAGGAUACAGUUGUGUUUGCCCAGUCGGUUUAAAGAUCAAAAGGGAUGGAAAAACUUGUGCUAGAACUCCUGAUAAUAUUUUGAUAUUCGCGAGGAAGAAGGAUUUGAGGAUUAUGCCAAUUGAGGAUUCUGCUAGAGUUUAUGACAACGUUAUUCCUGUUGAUCAUGUACAAAGUGCUGUAGGUCUUACUUGGGAUGCUAAUCAGGAUAUGAUUUAUUGGACUGAUGUGGAAGCUGAUACGAUCAGUCGAGCUUUUCUGAAUGGAACGAAUCAGAGUGCCAUCAUCAGUCACAAUUUGGAAUCACCAGCUGGAUUAGCAAUGGACUGGAUCACAAGAAAAAUCUACUGGACUGAUGCUGGCACAAAGAGAAUUGAAUGCUCAAAUUUAGAUGGAAGUAUGAGAACUCUCUUGAUUCAUAAGGACCUUGACAAACCGAGAGACAUUAUACUGGAUCCUACAACUGGAUACAUGUACUGGAGUGAUUGGGGCGAUAAGCCGAGAAUCGAAAGAGCUUCUAUGGACGGUACUGAUAGGACAGUACUGAUAGGAACUGAUCUGACCUGGCCAAACGGUUUAGCAAUAGAUUUUGAUAAGAGGAGACUCUACUGGGAUGAUGCUGGCACACAGAGGAUUGAGUAUUCCAAUUUGGAUGGUAAAGGUAGAACCGUACUGAUAUCUUCAGCACUGAAUCUUCCACAUCCAUUUGGUCUGGUGGUCUACAAAGAUAAGAUCUACUGGACUGAUUGGAAUACUAAAAGCAUCCAUCGAGCUGACAAAGAAACUGGGGCCAACAUAACAGUCAUCAGAUCUAGCAUCUCAGGUCUGAUGGAUGUGAGAGUCUUUCAUCGAAAUCGAAAAAAUGUUAAUAACCCUUGCAAGAAUCACAACGGGAACUGUUCGCAUUUGUGCCUCUUGGCCGUUAACCCCAGACGAUUUAAAUGUGCGUGUCCUACUGGCCUUAUUCUUGGUAGUGAUGGAAGGACAUGUCCGGACGUGCCAAAGAAAUUUUUGGUGCUAGCUCACCGAGUGGAUAUUCGGAUUGUCUCUUUUGAUGUUGACUAUGCCUUGGAUGUUGUUCUACCAAUUACGGAUCUGAAGAAUGCUAGUGGUGUUGACGUCAAUUUGGGGAAUGGCGAAGUUUACUGGACUGAUCCUGGAGAGGAUGUUAUCAAGAAGGCGAGUUUUAAUGGUAGGGUGGUGGAAACUGUGAUUGAUUCGGGAAUCGAUACUGCUGAUAGUUUGGUUGUUGAUUCCAUUGGGAAGAAGAUUUACUGGACAGAUGCAGGUCUAAACAGUAUUGAAGUCUGCGAACUUGAUGGAAGGAACCGAAAGGUCUUAGUUUGGUCUGGUUUAGACAAUCCUCGAGCAAUUGCUAUUCACUAUUCAGCAGGUUUCCUUUUCUGGUCAGACUGGGGCCACAACGCUAGAAUUGAGAGAGCUAAUAUGGAUGGUGAGGAACGAACAACAGUCGUUACAGAAAAUCUGGCCUGGCCCAAUGGUCUAUCGAUUGAUAUCGAACAGGGCAAGAUUUAUUGGAACGAUGCCAAAAAGAAGAUGAUCGAAGUUGCGGAUCUUGAUGGCAAAAACAGAAAAGUGCUUCUUGAGAAUGUGGAACAUCCUUAUGGACUUGCUGUUAUAGGGAAUCGUGUCUACUGGAGUGACUGGCAAGCUAAAGCUGUUUUCCAGGCUGAUAAGAAGGAUGGUUCUGGAAGGAAGAUACUUGUUGAUAAAUUGGAGGGGGUAAUGGAUAUCAGGGGUAUUGACUGGUCAGACCUCAACAGAAUAGAAAACGUCUGCGAGAAAAACAAUGGUGGCUGUUCUCAUCUUUGUCUUCGUAAUCCCAAGGGUUAUUCCUGCGCUUGUCCAACUGGAAUUGUUAUCAAUGAUGACAAAAAGACCUGCCAUGUGACACCAACCAAUUUUCUUCUCUUUGCUACAAGAAAAACACUGGAGAGGAUUUCAUUUGAUACUGCAGAGAUGUGGAGUGUGACUUUACCUGUUGAUGAUGUCCACAACGCAUUCUCAGUUGAUUUUCAUUGGCAGAAGAGGUUGAUGGUUUACACUGAUGUAAACCUUAGGAUCAUCAGGGCUGUGAACAUGUACAACUUCUCCGAUACCAGAACCAUCAUUUUUGGGUCCAACGCUUCAGCUCCCUUCAGAGUCGCAAUCGAUUGGAUAGCUGACAACGUCUACUGGACUGACACAAAAAACAGCGUCAUCGAAGUUGCUAGAAUCGAUGGUUCUUGCAGAAAGAAGCUUCUAGAAAAUCUGAAAGAGCCAAGAUCCCUAGCCUUGUUUCCCAGAGAAGGUUACAUUUUCUGGACAGAGUGGGGUGAUUAUCCAAAGAUCCAAAGAGCGAGCUUAGAUGGAUCUAAUCAUAAGAACAUCGUAUCAAGUGACUUGCACUUCCCGAAUGGUUUGUCGAUUGAUUAUGUUUAUAGGAAAGUCUACUGGGCAGAUGCUUUGAAGGACAGGAUUGAAGUUUCCGAUCUUCAUGGUCGAUUCAGGGUUGCCCUAAUACCUGAUGCUGAGAACGCAUUUGGUCUAACUCAGUACGGAGAACACAUCUACUGGGCUGAUUGGUCUCAAGAGAUGAUUGAGCGAGCUGAUAAGAUCAACGGGCAAAAUAGGAUCAAGAUUCGUCACUCUUUAGGCAGCGUUACAGACGUCAAGGCUGUUGCAGCUGAAAGACAAACUGGAUGGACACCUUGUGCUAUUGAAAAUGGCGGAUGUAGUCAUCUUUGUUUUUACACGAGAAAGAGUUAUAAGUGUGCUUGUCCUGACCAAGCGGAUUCUAGUUGUUCGACUACCCCUGCGAAGCAGAUGCCACUUCGGAAGCCUGGAACAGAAAACGACCCGAAUUAUGACGAAAUAGAUGAGGAAGUCGUGACAAAAACCCCGAAUCGUGGAAAAGGAGGUGGCAAAUUCGAUGGUGAUAGAUUCAAUCGUGAAAAAAGCUACAGUAUAAGAACCGUAGUGAUCACAGUACUCGUCAUGAUAAGCAUCACUUUGACUAUCAUCGUCCUCAUUAUUUAUCUCCUUUGCCAUAGAAAAACAAAGCAAAAAAAAUACCUGUACGCGAGCAGACGGAAUGUUUUAACCUUUUCGAAUCCUAACUACAACGCAUCGAGUGGUGAUAUAGGUCCUGGGAAUCAGCAGCCAGACAAAAAGUCAUUCAUUUGGAAGAGGCUCAAAUAUGACAAAUCUCAGGAGAGAGUGUACGAAGAUAACGGGCAGACGUCGAGCCCGGAAGUCGUUUCUCUGAUACCCCCUUCGACGACCCCCAGCAGCAGUCGCGCGGCAUCGGUCACCCCCAAGGAAUCUUCGCCACCUUUGCAACACAUAACUCAACAAUCAGAAACAAACGCGAUCGUACUUAAUACCAAAAAACGUCUUGAUUCAUUAAAAAAGUGAAAGGAUUUUAAAUAAGUCGAAAACCAUCUUUGGUGGAAAAGAUAUUUAUGAACUCUACAAGAAACUAGACAUUUUUUCAAGAAAAAAAUUAAGGUUGCGUCAGAGUUAACAUGCGUCCAAAUCUAAAACAAAUGGUUCACACGGCCCUGAAUGUUUGAGUUUGAAUUUUCUGGAUUUAUGAUUGAGGCCACUGCGACUCAUGCCCAAAACCGUACUUAAAUCCAGGUUCGAUUGUAGAAAAAUAAGAAAAGUGAAACCAAUUAUUUUUCUGAAAUCCGUCUUUGCGGUAUGCGUAAUAGUUGAGGUAUUCUAUCAAAAAAACAGUGAAUAAAAAAAUAUAUAUUACUUUUGGUUAGAACAUAGGGGUUGAAACUUUUCAAAAUUUGAAAGGUAAAAUUUUGUUUAUAUGUUCAAAAAUAAUUACAGUUUAAAUGCAGAGCUUUCGCUAACAAUUGGUAAUAUGUGUAUAAUCUAUAAAAAAUAAUUGUUGACCACUUUUUCUAAAUUAUUUUUUAUAAAACUAGUUCCAUUUGAACGGAAGACGAGAAGAUUUUAGAACGCGAACCUAUUUUUAACUUAUAUCCUAGGCCACAUCAAAAGUUAAAAAAAUUCAAAUUUAGCAUCACUGAAAAUGUUAAAGUUUCUGUAAACCAAACGGAAAAGGAUAUGUACUCGAAACUGAAAAAAUUUUGAAAUAAGUGUGAAAGCCAGAUUACAGAAAGUUACAAAAUUUGUUAAAAAAGCGUGACUCAAUAUACGGUUGAUCUCUUAUUAUUUAAAGAUGAAUUAAAUACCAAUAAAUUAUACGCAAAUUUUAAACAAAUUUUGUCGAAAUAACCUUAUUUCCCUCUUUCUUCGCUAGAUUAUUUAUUCAUUUUGACCAGUUUUUCAUUAAUCAUCAUUUUUUAGGGAAAUUGAAGGAGGCGAAACAAGGGAAGUGAGAGAAGUGGAAGCAUAGGAUGCGAGGGGAGAUUAGAGGAUAGGUAGUAUGGGGAGUAAGAAAAAAUUAGGGUAGGGGAAGCAGGGGAAGUAAGUGUAUAAAAAUAACUGGGGAAAGGGAAAAGUAGAGGAAUGUAGGGUACAUAAGGAGAGGUUAAGCAGAGAAAGUGAGCGUAAAAUUAUUGUUAAUUAGGGUGGCUAGUGAGGGAAGUGAAUGGAGGGUAAUUAUGGUAUUGCGUGUGAGUAGGGGAAGGAAAGUGUGGCUGGGGAAGUAGGGGAGGGGAAGGUUUGAAGGACUCAAUGAACGUCUCAGUUAACGCAAUAAUACUAGGUUUUCAAAAAUGUUGAUAGCUUACAAUUUUUUUCAUUUUAAAAUAAAGAAAAAUAGAAGUUAAUAACUAAAAUUUUUAAAAAUAUGUGUAAGAUUCUCCUAACAUUAAAAGUAAAUUACAAUUUGGUUC